AUGGCUGACAUCAACGCUAUCGCAAACCAGUUCACCGACUUCUACUACUCGACUUUUGACAGCAAUCGUCAAGGGCUCUCAUCUCUUUACCGGGACCAUUCGAUGCUCACCUUCGAGGGCUCGCAAAUCAUGGGCGGAGCCGCUAUCACAGAGAAGCUGGUCAGCUUGCCUUUCCAGAAGGUUGUGCAUAAGGUUACCACGCGCGAUGCCCAGCCCUCUGCCCCGGGCCAGACAUCUCUCAUCGUCUCGGUCACCGGAAUGCUUGUCGUUGACGACAGCCCGAACCCAUUGCAGUACUCCCAGGUCUUUCACCUCUUACCGGAGGGCGGCUCAUACUACGUAUACAACGACAUCUUCCGCUUGAACUACGCAUAA